AUGCAGAGAAAAGAAACGACGCCACCCACGGCGGCAGAGCGUUUGCGUGCGGCGCGUCGGCGGGAAGCCGCGGCUCUCUACGAGCAGUCGUUUGAGCGCCGCUGCCGCAGCUUUGUUCGAGACUUUCCGCUCUCGGGAAGCGUGCCGAGCGCCGCCUUGUCUAUUGGCCGUAGCGGGCAGGUGUACGAGGGCGAUGUGUCGCUGGUGCAGCGGCUCAUUCAGGGCGAGUUUCAAGCACUGCAAAACACAAAAAUACAGAGCCGCAGCAGCACCGGCACCGUUGCUCAUGACAAGCCGCCAGCUGGUGGCACUGCAACUAAAAGUACCGUGACGGACGGCACGCCCACACCCAUCACGUACUUUGAGAGGCCGCUGAAGGUCCUCAGCACCAAGUGGAACGGCGACGACAUCUCACGGCGGCCUGGCUGGUGCAAGUACCGUGCAGCUACGCACAGAACGGCCAUAAAAUCAUCUGUGGACGGUACCAACAUCGCGACGCGGCAACCGUCGCUACUGAUCCGCUCUUCCUCCGCAGCAACGCUGCGAUCAAGCGUCAGUGGGGCUCCAGCUUCAAACCCUGUCGCGGAUUGGCUGAAGACCGCGCCGCGGGACCGACCUCACUCGUCCUCCUCGUCGAUAAUGACUCGCAAUACAACAGUCUCAGCAACUGCGACCGUGACGACGAUGACACCUCGCACAUGGGCAACAAACAGCGGCACCACCACUGUGGGAAACAGGCAACCUCAGGGCACAAUUUCCGCCCGCCCAGCAAAGGCGAAGGUGCAUCGUGGCGAUGGUGCUUUGGUUCUUUCUAAGGAAGAGUAUCAGCGACUCCGCCAACUUGUUGCAUCGGCGUGA